GUGUCUAAUGUUCUGGACAACUGAAAGUCAUAUUGAUGAGUUGGUAUAAAUGAAUCACAACUUUGAAGUUCAUUGGAUGACACAGGAAGGCAAAUACAAUAUGAAAUGAGCAAUUAAAGAUGAAAAUUAAAGUUGACCCAUGGUUAUUGGUAUCUCCAAAUAAAAUUUCAAGAGUAAAGCCUGGGCCACACUAUCGUCUAUAUUGACGAAAACGAAAACGAAACGAAAUGAUAUAUGAUCAUGAUAUCAAGAAAUAUUCCUUUCACCUAAUAAAACGCAAGAAAAACUGGGGCAGGACUGUAGGAUGAUUGUUAAUUUGGAGAUCAUAUCAUGGAGCAAUAUUAUGUCUGUCUUAAGCUCAGACGCAAAAACUAAUGGUUUUAAGUUGAUGAGAUUAAUUGUUGAUGUUGGUGGAGAAGCUUUAAGAAUAACAUUGAGGAAACAACUGUCAGGUACUGAUUUAUUUAAUGUUUUAAAUGACAGAAAAAAUUAUUGUACGCUUUCGUCGCUAAAAGAUAAGCAAAUAAAGCAACAUCAAUGGGAUCUACUGUAUCCUUCUCCUCCAAUAUUACCAAAUGAAAAUACGUUUGACAUUACUUUACUUUGUAUUCUCCUGCGUAAUAUUUGUGGUUUAAAAUCACCUCGUGCUCCAAUAUGGGAAAACAUGCCUAAUGUCAAUGAUCAUUCAACUGAAGCAGAUAUUACCCGUAUCAGGUUAUUUCGUAAUGGUCGAUUUGCUCACUUACCUAGCACUUCAGUAUGCUCUGAUGACUUUGAAAAUUUUUGGCUGGAAAUAAGCGAACCAUUAGUUCGUUUAGGAAUACGACAGGAAGAAAUAGAUAGAUUAAAAAACGAAAUGUUUGGUAAAGAAGAAUGUGAAAGAAUUUUAAGUGAAUGGGAUAGAUUAAAGAGCGAUUUAACUGACAUUAAAACUGAGCAGAGAGGCAUUAAGAAAACAGUGGAGGGUGUAGAGAAAGAUUUACAACAGGUAAAAGAUAGUGUACAGAAUCGUUUGUGUGUGAUUGAAAGUAGACAGGAAGAAAUGAAAAGUAAUCAGAAAGAAAUAAAACGUCAAAUUCACUCACGUCCAGUAGAAGAUAUUUUAACAAAUAACCUUGUAAGUUGUAAUUUUGAAAGUGAAAUUAAACAUCAUUUUGAAAAAUUUUUAGAGGGAACACGGGAAUGGGUUUUUGAUGAGUUUUUAGAUUGGUUCGAAGACGACAGUUCUCAAAAUCGUGCAUUUAUUAUUUCUGCUGUUGCUGGCAUGGAAUUUUGUUUGAAAUCUUUGGAUAACCUCAAAGCUGAAGGUGUAAACUAUGACGUCAUCAAACAUGCGUCAGUGAGGUAUUCAGUCAAGUAUUGGUUGCUUCAUUUACUUGCUAUUUCUGAUAAUGAAUGUAUCGUUGAAAAUGUUGGUAAAUAUCUUGUUGACUUGGAAGUUUUAGUUGCUUCUGUGUUGGUUAAUAGUCGUCGUACUUUUGAAAAUUUUGAAAUGUUCAACGCACAUGAUGUGUACUUUCAUAUUUCUGAGGACAUUCGAUUGUUAUUUAAUGAAGUUUAUUCUGUAAUGACGUACUCUAUGCCUUUUGACAAUGAAGUAAAUUUUUUGCAACGCGUUGCCAACGAAAUUAAAGAUCUGUCGUCUCAAGCCACCACAAUGCUUGAAACACGUUUCAAAGAUUCACUAUAUCUAGAGCGCAGAGACACAGGUUUUGUAAAGGCUCGAUUAUUACGUUUAGAUCAAAAGUUGAUUUCUGUUGAUGUUUCACGAAAUCAUAAUUACGUCGUCUGUGGUUAUAAUCUAUUCGUCGUGCAACUUUUUUCAUUGAGAACAAACAGAUGUUUAUGGAUAAAAAGUAUUGCUGGUCAGCUUAAGCAAUAUAAAGAGAUACAAUGUUGCGUUGUCUUUCAUCCACUCGAAGAUUUGAUUUUUGCUUCUCAGCUUGAUAAGGAUAAGUACACAAUGGUCACUAGUUAUAAAGAUACUUUGACAGUAUGGGACGUUGAGAAAGAUACGGAUAUGACUUUCAUCUUUAUUCAAUACCGCGUGCAUGUGUAACUAACAGUUACAGUUUUCUUAACGAGAAAUUUUGCUCAAAUUUAAAAUUUCUGUAUCGGAACAAUGAAGAAAAUCAAGGUUUCGAUGAACUAAAAGGUACAAACAAAAUUUUUGAGGAGGAAAUCGCCAGUUUAAUCGCGAGCAUUGGAAUGUACAUCCGUGAUAUUACUCGCUUGAAAACGUACGCUGCUUUUUCACCUUCAGCAGAUAAAUUAUUAGUCCCGGUACAAUGCGUAAAAAUCAUCUUGCCACGAGGAUAAAUUUGAUCUUUGAUGAUAAAAUUUCUCACCAUUUUGGAUAAUGAUUAUAUUACUUUUAAGAAAAUCUUGUUCAAUUUUUAUGCAUGAUCUCUAUCAUUGUUGACAUUUCAAUUAAUGUCUGUUUGCGUAUGAUUUCAUAAAACGACCUUUGUCUAAUUUUGAUUGUUCUGUACAGAGACCACAGUGUACGAUAAUGUCAACAUUUAGAGAGAUCGUGUAUAAAAGCUAAAGUUAAUCAAUUAAAGAUUAAAAUUCAAUGACAAUAAAGAGAAACCAUAAACACAAAUGAUUUCGUGUCUAAGAUAAUAAUUUUCUGUGCGCAAGAAAAUAAAUUUAUUGACUUUUAUCUUAUCGCACGAACAUAUAAAAUGCAAACUAUUCUUAGUUAUUGUACCAUAGGUUAUAUUUUGUUUAUAUCUACACCAUGUAAACAUAUAAUUUUCAUGCAAAUGUAUGUAUUCAGUGUAGGAUGGUUUUAAUAUUGCACGUUUUUCGAUACUCUUUUACACCAAAAACAAGUUUUUACUAAUUAAAUCAAUACUAUCUUGCACUGAAA